AUAUAUUUAAUUGCUAGUAUGUUAUGCUGUUAUAGAUAUAGCAUAGUUUUAGAAACACAGUCAUUAUAUGGUAAAUAUAAAUCUCUGUCUUGACUGAGCUUUUUGAUUCGGACUGACUUUCUACUAUUUUAUCCUACAGUUCCUCCUCCUGUCAACGUGCGCCUGAUCUGCCACAAUUUCCACAAUGUGAUCUAUUGGAACUACAGUGAACCAUCUCUACAGCCACAGUUCAAUGUGGAAAUGAGAAGAAUACAUUCUGGGUAGGUGCUGCAGCAUAUUGGUUGCUUAAUCGCUCACGUUUAUAUUUUUCACCAAAUAUGGCCUAGGCUAUCCAGUGUAGCGUAUAUAUAGCUAGUGAAUAUUAAAUGUUUCUUGCCACAAUACCACAAUAGCCACAAUUUCAAGUAGAAAUUGGAAAAUGUACAUGCACUGUCAGACCCAUAGAAAUGUAAAGUCCUGUCAACAGUUCUUUGUCAGCUUCUCCAUUGUAAUUGUGAACUAACAUUUCAGUCCAAAUCAGAGGUUGCCACUAACCCACAACAAUUUUUUUCCUCUAUCUUUCAGUGCUGCCUUGGUUUGUUCAAACACUUCACUCUACCACUGCGAUGUCUCCUCAUUUACCAAAGUAAUUGAAGAGGGCUACCGUUUCAUAUUAACUGCUGUUGUUGGACAGAAUACAAAUUCCUCUGAAAUUUCAUUCACCUACGACGAUAUUGUGAAAUCAGACCUGGUGGAUGUACAGUGUAAGUUCUCACACUGAGCUAACCAAAAGGCGAAUUAUGGGAACAAUGUUAUACAGUAUGUAGCGAUUGACAAAUAGAAUUGGGGUAGUAUCUUGAAAGGGUUUGUAAAUACACUGUAUGCACUGCAGCACAUGUAGCAUUUCUUUGUUGAUCUGACCACACAAUGCUCAGAGGUGGGAGAUUUUGCACAUAUUUUCUGACCUCAGAUUUGCACGAAGUAAUGGUCUUUUGUGUGGUUUUUUUAGGCUCAUUGGAUUUCCCACCUGUCAACAUCUCAGCUGUAUUUGAUAAAAUGAUAAAAGUUCAAUUCAUUCACCCGUUUCACAUCUACAAACAUGCCAUCAUCAAAGAUGAAAGACCGGAUCAUAAGGAAUUUGAUUACAUGGUUAUCACAGAAUAUCACUUGGUAAGAACUGACAGAAAAUUAUGACUUAGAAAUGACUGGGGAACACUUGUAGAAGCUCAGAUUUUUCACAUGCGUAUACUUGCUGUGAAUUGUUUUCACUUGCAAGCAAAGCAGCUUUAUUUUUCAAAAGGAAACACAUUUAUAUCCUUCAAAUAUAAACAUUUGCAUAUUUAGUUAUUUUUACGAACGUUGUUAUAAUAUAGCCUAAAUAUAUUCCUUUUUUUAUUUCCCCAGAAACAACAUAGCUUUACCUGCUCCUACAAGCAACACCAUGUGUGUGAGGCUGAAAUACCAGUUGAUGGAGAGAUGGACAGGCACUGCAUCAAGAUAAAAGGAAAAAUGAAGAAUGUUCCUGUUUCAGCUCACCAGAACAUAUGCAUUGAGGAGAAGCAUGGGGAUUCUGGUAAGACUUUUAAUUUCUCACAUGGAAACGUCAAAGUGACAUUAGGUCUCAGUAGGUCUGUUAUUGUUUAGCAAAUAUUGUCUGUAAUCAUUUGAUAAACCACAUCUGCUAAUAUCUGAUACGUGCUUUGAAAGUUAUACCUGUCUAUUGUCAUACUAUGACUGAUUUUGUCAUCAAAUGCUCAAUUAGGAUGCUGUACAGUUUUGUAUGUGAAAUCAGUUUGACUGUCAGUCUAACUGCUGGAUUUGUCCCCUGUAGGUCCUAGCUACACUGCCCUCUACAUUGUGAUCCCUAUCGUUGUCAUGGUUGUGAUUGUGUUCAUCGUUUGGCUGAUAUACAGUAAACGGACAACUGGCUCAUUCCCUCAAACAAAGUCUUUGGUGUGUUCAGCCUUUCAACUGUUUGGCCUGCACUGCAGUGGAUUUAUUCAUAAAGCUACUCCAUAUAGACUAGAUUAUAGUCAUGUAGAGAUGGUUUCAGGAGAGCACUUGUUGGUACAUUGUAGAAAUGAUGAGUGUCAUGUUCCUGUUGGAGUUAUUAAACUAUUGAUAUGCUACUUCCUGCAAACACUGUCAAAACAAUAGUACAUUAAAAACAAAUUUCACCCACAGAAUGUUUGACUGAAUGUUGUAUGUUCUCCUUCUCUGGUAGGCUUCCAUGCUGUCACAUAUGGGUUCAGGUGUGUCCCUUAUGCACCCUGAGAAAGCCAUUCUGAGUGAGGUACAAACAGGUGGCUCCCCCCUCCUGCAGACCCCCGUGGAUUUUUUGCCAGAUGAGACCCUCACAGUCAUCAGUACCCCCCAGGAAGAGGUCCUCCGCCUCCCCAUUGGACUGAAGGACCAGGAGUGGAGCGGUGGGGACGUCAUGUUGCCCAACGAGGGGUCAGGCUCUUCACUGGAGGUAACGAGAGGGUUGGGACUGGAGGUGAAGAGGGACUUCUCUGAGCUGUCGGACUAUGACUGCCCCCAUAGACCUGUGAUAGAGGAGAUGAGUCCUGGGGACACUGUUACAGGAUACAAGAUCUGAGAUCUGAGUUUCUCUCAAGAGAAAGGAUGGUAAUAUUUUGUAAAUGUAUUUAAACAGG